ACGGUGGCGCCCCGUGACGCGGCGGAGGCGGAAGUGGCGCGGGUUGCCGCGGUAACCAACGCCGGGGCGGCCUGCGGGGCGCCGCGGCCAUGGGCGAGCUGGGCCCGGACGACGGGGCCGGGAACACGUACAGCCUGCGGCCCGGCCUCCAGCAGCGGUUUAAAUCGUCCACAGUAAAAGAAUGUAUCCAUGCAAUACUGAAGGAGAAGCUGGCCAAUGUACAGUAUGUCCCAGAAGAAAUGCCUCAGCUUACAAAGUUUCUAUCAGAGACAAUAAAAGACAGACUGAAAGAAGAGGGAUUUGACAGGUACAAAAUGGUGGUGCAGGUUGUAAUUGGAGAGCAGAGAGGAGAAGGAGUGAAUAUGGCUGCACGAUGUUUCUGGGAUGCUGACACUGACAGCUGUGCUCAUGAUGUGUUCAUGAAUGUGGGGAGAGGAAGCAUGAGAGAUAAAGUCUAUUCUUACAUGCUUUGCUGAACUGCUGUCAUGGAGUAUGGCUGGAAUCCAGAACUGAGCAAAAGUCAAGGACAGCCUGUUUUGUGUGGUAGCUGCGUUUGGCUGCUUCUACUACUGAAGAUAGUAAACACUGUGCCAGAAGGACAGAGGUGGGGGAGAAUGCUUUAGGGUAUUCCUUUGUUCAAGUGCACAAAAGCAUCCUGUUCUUCCUUAAGUACCUAACAAAGUAACAGCUCUACAAAGCAUGUCCUACAGCUGUUCUACAUGCUAUGACAUUCCUUCUUCCUUGUGGAUAUGGGUAUGGAUAUGGCUUUAAGCACAAUAUUAUCAUGUCCUUUAUUUAAAUUGCCCUUUGUUUUUAUGUAGUGUGUUAGUUUUGUCCUAAAAGUGUACUGUCAACAGCUGUUGUUUCUAAGGCAAACUCAACUUUCAUCUUGAAAGGGUUCUGUUGCAUUUAUUUUUGUUAAUUUUCUGAAAUUAAUUAAAUAUUUAUAAGAAAUGUAACAUAAUAAAUCUAUGUAUUUAAUAUUU